AUGUCUGACAAAGAAACCAUUUCUAAAGACACUUAUACUGAACAAAAAAAACCAACUAUAGACUAUUUCUUUUUUGUUCAUGGAUUAUUAGCACUGUCCAUUAAUCCAAAAGAACAUUGGGCACCAUUUGCUAAUGCAUUAAAAAAUGAGUUACAAACAAAUUAUAUCAUGAAAUAUUGUAAAAGUAAUAGUGAAAGGGUAAAAACAUUAGAUGGUAUUGAAGUUGGUGGUUUGCGUAUAGCAAAUGAAAUAUGUGGGUAUUUAAAAAGAAGUCAACAGAAGAGAGGAGAUGAAAAGUAUAGAAUUCAUUUUAUUGGUCAUUCUCUUGGUGGGUUAUAUCUUCGAUUUGCAAUACCUAUUUUAUUUAAACGUGGUAUCUUUAAUAAUUUAAAUUGGAUUCCAUUUAGUUUCAUGACAUUAGAAACUCCUCAUCUUGGAGUUCAAAAACCAUUGAAUAAUGGAAGUUUUGAUAGUAUGUAUAGGGUUAUAUCAGAUGUUGUUUUUGAAGGUUUAACAAUGAGUGAAUUACAACUCCAAGACCGACCAUUUCCACCAUAUGAUCCAACGUGUUUAAAAGAAUAUCCACUGUUAUUAAGAAUAGUUGAAAAUGAUAUUAUUGCUCCAUUAAAAGAAUUCAAACAUCUUACGUUAGUCCAAAAUAUAAGAUUUUCUUUUCAAGUACCUUAUGUAUCAUCUUCAAUUGAUAGAGCAAUUCCUUAUGAUCGAGAAUUUCUCAAAGACCAGUUCUUAUUGGAUGGUUUUGAUUUUCCUAAUCAAUACAAUGACUUAAUAAGUGGAUGUAAUAAACACUAUCAAUUACAAGAUGAAAGAGGUGAAAUCUUUGAAGAAAGAAUUGAUGGUUGUGUAGUUUAUGAUCGAAUUAUAAAACAAUUAAAUACAUUAAAUUGGAGAAGACUAAAUGUUCAUUUUAGAACUAAAUCAUCAGAUGCUCAUAUAUUCAUUAUGGGUCAAAUGAAUAGAAAAAGGCUAUUUAAAAAUUGGGGAAAUGAUGACAUUGCUUCAUAUCUUGAUACGUUAUGCAAAUUAAUUAAACGAGAUAUAGACAUUGAAAAUGGUGAUAUUGAAAUACUUUCACCAAUACAAGAUGAACCCAAAUCACAAGAGAUUAUUCAAAGUGCACAACCCUCUACUGAAGAAAAACUGAUUGAUAUACAAAAUCCAGAAACUCUACCUUUAAAAGAUGAAACAAAUGAAACAAAUCAUCCACAAAUACUUUAA